AUGCACCUGCCAUACAGUUUUGGUAUUUUACAGUGUUUAGGUUUAUGGCAGACCACAGAAUUUGCACUUAUUGCAUCCUUCGAUGAUUUCGACGAAUUCAUAAAUAAUUUAAUUGUCUUACUGACCAUGGUUGGAGUUUGUGGAAAAAUUGUCAAUGUAAUUUUAAAACGUAAAGAAAUUUUGCGACUAAUAAAUAUCCUCGAAACUUAUCCAUGUUUGUGUCAAAAUCUUGAGGAAAAGUAUAUUCAAGAUGAAUUUGAUAAAAGUAUCAAAUUACGAACGCUUGCAUAUUUUGGUUUAACAGAAUCUGCCGUGGCCAUGGUAGUGAGCGUAUCAAUACUUUGUGAUACUCCCAAUCGUUCGUUACCUUUCAAAACAUGGCUACCAUUUGAUUCAAAGACAUUUUUUGGAUACUGGACUGCUUAUAAUCACCAAAUUCUCGCUCAUGUUUUUGGUGCACUAGUAAAUGUCGCAUAUGAUACUCUAAUUCCAGGUUUAAUGCUUAAAAUUUGUGCUCAAUUGAGUAUUCUUGAGCAUCGAUUAAAGUUAAUACCGAAAAAAAUCUAUUCAUCUGAUUUAUUUAUUGAUGUCAAGCGACGAGAAAUAAACGAAAUUUCAAACUGCGUUAAACAUCAUCUCAAAAUAUUUCAAUUUGCUGAAAUAACAAACACAGUCUUCAGUUCUGUAAUUUUUUUACAAUUUUCUAUAAGUACUAUCGUCAUAUGCGUGACAGUUUAUAAAUUAUCUCAAAUUCAAAUAAAUAAUCCAGAAUUCGCGCCAAUGGCAUUUUAUUUUACUUGUAUGCUUUCUCAGGUUUUUGUUAUUUGUUUCGCCAGUAGUGAAUGUAAUCUUAAGAGUUAUGAUAUAGCUAUGGCUGUUUAUCAGACUGAUUGGUAUAACUUGAGUGUCAGUACCCAAAAAAGCUUAUUAUUCAUAAUGAUGCGCAGUCUUCGGCCAUUGAAAUUCACCGCUGGAUAUUUUAUUGAUGUAUCUCUUAAUUCUUACAAUCAGCUGGUGAAGCUGUCUUACUCAGCUUACAAUGUUCUACAAUGA